AUGGCAGCAACAACAACAGCAGCGACGGCAACUAACGGCAGCGGCACCGGUAACGGCAGCAACAACAGCAACAGCACCAACAGCAGCACCGAUAACAGCGCAAUGGCAGCAGCGGCACCAGCCAGCAGCAGCACCAGCAGCAGCAGCACCAGUAACAGCAAGGCACCACAGCAGCACCGUGGUAACGGCAGCGCAACCAGCAGCACCGAUGGCAACAGCAACAGUAACAGCAAUAGCACGGUAACAAUAAUGACAGCGGCUAAUACAAGCAGCACAAGUGACAACAGUAGCACCAGUGGCGGCAGCGGCACCGGCAUGAACGUGCACAUCAAUCACGACUACGGCUGA